AUGGACGACAUUAGCAUACCCUCCGGUGCCAAAAACGAACUCGAGCCCAAGGUCGCGCCGACUGUUAAGCGAAAAGACUAUAGAGGCUUUGUAGCUGGGGUAUUUUCAGGGAUUGCAAAGCUGAGUGUUGGCCAUCCAUUUGAUACCAUCAAGGUCCGAUUGCAAACAACGAAGAGCGCCCGUUUCAGCGGUCCGGUAGAUUGCCUCCUACAAACUAUUCGUAAAGAGGGAGUAACAGCUUUGUACAAGGGCGCAACGCCUCCGCUGAUGGGAUGGAUGGUCAUGGAUUCCGUCUUCGAUAUCAUGGCAUUCCGGGACUUUACCAUGGGCUUUCCGCCACGCUCCUCUUCCGAUCAUUCUUCUUCUUUUGGUGGGCUUUCGGCGCCUGCGAUCAAUUUCUGGGCUGGCGGCCUUUCUGCGCAGGUAUUCUGGAUCACGUCAUAUCCCUCCGACGUUGUGAAGCAACGGAUAAUGACGGACCCGCUGGGGGGCGGGCUCAACGAUGGGGAGAGAAAGUUUCAUCGCUGGAGGGAUGCGGCGAUCGCUGUAGGGAGGGAGAACGGCUGGAGGGGUUACUGGCGAGGAUUUUUGCCAUGUUUUCUGAGGGCCUUUCCUGCGAACGCGAUGGCGUUGGUGGCCUUUGAGGCUGUGAUGAGAUGGCUACCCUGA